AUGAGCAACACAGGGGCUUCAUUGAAAGGUUUGUUGCUGGCGGUUCUUUUGGUGUCCAACAUGCUUCUGACCAAGGAAGGAGUGACCUCCUUGCCAAUCUGCUCCAGUGGAUCUGCCAACUGCCAAGUUUCCCUUGGGGAGCUUUUUGAUCGGGCAGUUAGACUUUCGCACUACAUACACUUCCUCUCUUCAGAAAUGUUCAAUGAAUUUGAUGAACGCUAUGCUCAGGGUCGGGGUUUCAUUACAAAAGCUGUUAAUGGCUGCCACACUUCCUCCUUAACCACUCCUGAAGAUAAGGAGCAAGCACAGCAGAUUCAUCAUGAAGAGCUACUGAAUUUGAUACUGGGAGUGCUGCGUUCCUGGAAUGAUCCCCUGAUCCAUCUGGCCUCUGAAGUGCAAAGAAUCAAAGAAGCUCCAGACACCAUCCUCUGGAAGGCUGUAGAGAUUGAGGAGCAAAACAAGAGGCUUCUAGAAGGAAUGGAGAAAAUAGUUGGGCGGAUGCAUUCUGGCGAUGCUGGAAAUGAAGUUUUCUCUCAGUGGGACGGCCUUCCAUCCCUGCAACUCGCUGAUGAGGACUCCAGACUCUUUGCUUUUUACAACCUGCUGCAUUGCCUCCGCAGAGAUUCCCACAAAAUCGACAACUAUCUUAAAGUCUUGAAGUGCCGCCUAAUCCAUGAUAACAAUUGCUGAGUACCUCUGGG